GGUAAGUAGAUGAAUAUAAAAACAGAGCAGGGAAACAGCACAGGGACUCCUCAGAAACAAAGAAGCAGGAAUAAUCAGAACGAUGAGCUCAAACAAGACUCUGUUCGCAAUCGGAGCCCUAGCUCUGCUCUUCGUCUCAUCGGUUUUCGCAGACGACGUCGUCGUGCUGACCGACGACAACUUCGAGAAGGAGGUCGGUCAAGAUCGCCCUGCUCUCGUCGAGUUCUACGCUCCCUGGUGUGGGCAUUGUAAGAAGCUUGCUCCGGAGUAUGAGAAGCUAGGCGCAAGUUUCAAGAAAGCAAAGUCUGUUUUGAUCGCAAAGGUGGACUGUGAUGAGCACAAGAGUGUCUGUGGCAAGUUUGGAGUUUCCGGUUACCCCACAAUUCAGUGGUUCCCGAAAGGAUCAUUAGAACCCAAAAAGUAUGAAGGUGCCCGUACUUCAGAAGCUCUUGUUGAGUAUGUGAAUAAGGAAGCAGGGACCAAUGUGAAAAUAGCUGCAAUUCCAUCCAGUGUUGUGGUACUUACACAGGAUAAUUUUGAUGAGGUUGUCUUGGACAAAACAAAAGAUGUACUGGUGGAGUUUUAUGCACCAUGGUGCGGACACUGCAAAUCCCUUGCUCCUACUUAUGAGAAGGUUGCAGCAGCAUUUAAGUUGGAUGGAGAUGUAGUGAUCGCUAACCUUGAUGCUGACAAAUACAAGGAUAUCGCUGAGAAGUAUGGAGUGAGUGGAUAUCCUACAUUGAAAUUUUUCCCAAAGGGCAACAAGGAUGGUGAAGAGUAUGGUGGAGGCAGAGAUUUGGAAGAUUUUGUAAAUUUCAUCAAUGAGAAAUGUGGCACUAGCAGAGAUGCGAAAGGGCAACUUACUUCCAAAGCUGGUAUAGUCGCAAGUUUGGAAGAGUUAGUGAAGGAAUUUGUGAAAGCUAGCGGUGAGGAGAAGAAAGCAAUUGUUUCCAAAAUCGAAGAGGAAGUUGGAAAGCUUGAGGGUUCUUCUGCAAGAUACGGUAAGAUCUACUUGAAUGCUGCCAAGAAGUCUUUGGCAAAAGGUGGUGACUAUGCAAAGAACGAAAUUCAGCGUCUUGAACGCAUUCUCGAAAAGUCUGUCAACCCAACAAAGGCCGAUGAGUUCACUCUCAAGAAGAACGUUCUAUACACCUUUUCUUCAUCUUCAUAAGGAGGCACUUCAUUUCUUCCAGGGAAGGGCUCUGUAACCAUUGUUUGGGGGAAGUCAUCUCCCAACUCCUGAUCGUCUUCGAUGAGAUAGUGUUUCCGAUGUACUCUCGAGGCACAUGUUUUGACUAAACAUUUUUGCGCUUCGAGUCUAUUAUUCGUAGAAGAGAUCCACUAGCCAUAUGUUAACAAUAAUUUAGUGUUUCUGCAUCCACAAUAUCUUAUGAACUAAGGACACUGCAAUUACUUGUUUCUUCUUGAAUGUCAUGUCUUCUUCAAU